CUUGAAAAAAGUAAAGUAACAGGACCAUUUUUUGCCUCUAUAUUUGGCGUUUCCUGUCCACUAUGCCUAUAUUCAACUUCUUUCACUGAAGUGUUCAUAUCAGUGUCCAUUCUACCAAAAAAUGGGCUGCUGUUUAAGCUCCUCCAAGAAACGCCGCCGCACUUCGCAGCCGUGUUCCGCCAUAAACGGCCGAGAUCCACCGCCGUUGGAGGAAGAAACAGUCAAAGAAGUUCUCUCCGAAACACCCAUUAUUCCCAAAACCCACCACCACCCACCAAAGGUACUAGUCAACCACAAAGAAGCUGACUUUCCACAACAAGUCAAGAUUAAUGAAUCAACGGCUGUCGCUGAACCCAGCAUUGAAACAACUACUGUGGUUCACAACAAUGGCGGCUCAAUAAAAUUAAUGGAUCAAACGAAGUUUGAAUCAACAAUGGCUAACAAGAGCGGCUCAAUAAAAUCAGUAGAUGAAGUAAAGUUUGAAUCAGCAGCGGCUGUUAUUACCAAGGGCGGCUCAAUAAAAUUAGUAGAUGAAGAAUCAGCAGCCGUUGAUAACAAGGGCGGCUCAAUAAAAUUAGUGAAUGAGAUAAGACCUGAAGUGUCUGAAGAGCAGACUUCAGAGAUGUGCAGCUUCACCGAGAGCUAUUCCACGACAGCGACUGCAACAGAGAAGAGAGAGGAAGACGGGGAAGUAACACAGAGGUCACCUAUUAGGGUACAUAGAAAGAGACAAAACUCCGGCGAUCUCACCGGAGUUAGAGAGAGAAACUUCCGUUCUGGAAGAUCGGCGCCGUCGCCGGAGAAAAGGAGGUCUCCGGCGCCGGCGACAUCAAGGGGAGUACAGGGAAGGGGAAUGCCGCAACAACGGCGAAAUGUGGGGCCCACAAAUGGGCCCCGCAGAGGACCCGGUGAUAAUGUGGUUCGUAGGUCAAAUUCCCCGGCGGCGCGUGGGCCGGUGGAUGGGCGUAGGAAUGUGAGAAACAGGAGUCCGGCGGCGGCGCGUGAAGUUCAGUCGCCGGCAGAAAAACCGAAAGAAGAAGCAUCGCCGGAGACCGGCGAGUCUCUUGAAAAUCCACAUGUUUCUAUGGAAUGCUUCAUUUUCCUGUAGGCUAGGGAAGAAGACAAGAAAACGAUGUCGUAUAAGCUGAGGAGUAUGUCAUUAUUUUGCUAAUUCUAUGGGUGGGAAAUCCGAAUUUUUGUAAAUAAGGCAGUAGUACUAACUUUAUCUUACUCUGAAGAGUGACAUAUUUGGUUUUGUUAAA